CUUCUUCUUCAUCCAGGCAAAUAUUGUCUACCCAAAUUGAGAGCAGCUCUCCAGUCUCAAUUAGAAAUUUUUCACAUCACCCACGAGCUGAUCCUUACUAACGAUGCCGGGGAUCGAACCUGGAACCUUCUUCAUGCCAUAUUUGGUCAUUGACCGCAAAUAAAGUCGUCGUCGUCUUCGUAUCCUUCUUCUUCCUCCUUCCUCUUCCUCCUCCUCCUCCUUCAUGCCAAGUAGAUGCUCUGCCACUGAACUACAGCCCCUCCACAAGAUUCAUUGGCUUAAAAAAUGGGCUGUGGCUAUUACGACAGUUGCUCUCCAGACACCGAAGAUUAGUUUCCCUGGAGAAAAUAGCCACACUAAAGGAAUUAUGCCCUACAUAGGUCCUUCCCCAAACCCCGUCCUCAUAGGUUCUACCCCCGAAUCUCCAGGAAUUUCCCAGCCUGGAGUUGGCAACCUGCUUUAAGUUGCAAGACAAAACUUGUAGAAUGAAGAGGCUGUGUUGUUUUUGUUUUGUUUCAAAGCCAACCAUUGGAACACAGAAUAUUACCCUGUGGAUUGCCACAAUUUCAGCUGUGAUGAGCAUUAUUGUUGGCGGAUAGAUCAGAAUGUUAGAUUUGAACCGCAAGUGGUAGUUAAGAAGGUAUUUCUGUGGCAAAUUAGAAACCACCCUGGAUUUCAAUGGAAAACACCCAUCAGGCUUUUAAUCAGGUGUUAACAGUACCAGCUAAUCCUGGGUAUUGGAGGUUUAUUUUUAGUACUGGACUGGAUUAACAAGGGUCACUGACUGUACAGGGGGGAAUUGGUUGCACAGAAUCUUGAAUGCAGCAUGGGCAAGAAGCAAGUGUGUCCACCCCGUGUCCUUCCACCAGUACCAAGUAGUGGAAACCAAGAUGAAAUUCCUCUCGGUCGGUCCAGAAGAAAAAAGGUUAAGGCGACAAAUUCAUUAGAUAGUAUGGUUCCCACUGCUGUUCACCAGCCGUUUGAAAGCAGCGACCCUCUGACUUCUGAGGGGCAGGACACUGCCCCUCAGAGGAGACGCAAGAAAAAGAAGAUGCCUCCAGAAUUGGAGAGUUCUUUCACCAAACAGUAUGAAAACGGUUUGGAUCCCCAGCCAGAUGAAGAAAUUCUAACUCGUAAACCUCGGAAAAAAGUCAAGAAAACCCGACCUUCGGAAAAUGCCAACGAACUGGGCGUGGAAGAAGAGGAUAUAAUUGAAGAGGAGCCAACCAAAAGCUCUGAACCACAUCUUGUGUUUUCUGCUCCAGUCAGUGCUAGCCAGCCAGUUAGCAAAGUGUUUGUUGAAAAAAAUCGGCGUUUCCAGGCAGCUGACCGCAACGAUUUGAUCAAAACCACUGAGAACAUUGAUGUGUUUUUGGAUGUAAAAGCUUCUUGGACGACCAAGGAUGUGGCACUCUCAGUUCACCGGGGUUUUAGGGUGAUGGGACUUUUCGCUCACGGCUUCCUUGCCGGCUGUGCCGUCUGGAAUAUCAUUGUGAUUUAUGUCCUGGGAGGGAACCAGCUGUCUACUGCGUCUAACUUGCUAGAGCAGUACAAGACGUUGGCGUAUCCUGCUCAGAGCCUCUUUUACCUUCUGCUUACCAUUUGCACAGUUUCAGCCUUUGACCGGAUUGACUUGGCUAAAGCUUCAGUAGCAGUCCGGGCCAUCCUGACCCUCAAUCCAGCAGCCGUCGCCUCUUUCUUGUACUUUGCUGCUCUCAUCCUGUCACUGAGCCAGCAGAUGACAAGUGACCGAAUCAACCUCUACACGCCACCUUCAGAAAACGGCAGCCUCUGGACCUCCAGGACAGAGGAAGAGAUUCUUCAGCCCUGGAUCGUCGUCAAUCUCGUAAUAGCUCUCCUUGUCGGUACCUCCUGGCUUUUCUUGUCUUAUCAGCCUCAGCUAGAUCUCAGUGAAGAACUGUUUAACGCUGAAAUCGAAGAGUACCCGCCUCCAGAUAAAGAAGCCCAAGUCUCUUAGUGAUACAGAGAACCUCUUCAAAAACCAAAGCUGUGAUGGCUGAACUUUGUAUAUGUGUACUUGUAUGUAAUUUUGGUAUCAAAAUGUGUUUUCAUGCUGUAUACUUCUUUUGCAUUGACGUUAUAAUUACACUUUUUAUUGUAUUUGCCAUAGUUUUUGUUAAACAAGAAGAGUGUCGCAGUUUUUUUAAGAUCUAUUAGAAAUGACUGUGUAAAUACCUAUUUUUGCUAAUAUCACUACAGAUAUGGCAAAGUAUGAUGAAAUAAGGAAGUCAAAAGUGCCUUAGACAGGAUUCAUCUUUAAUAACCGCCAUUGUGGGAUUUAUAUUGGUUCUAAUAUGCAUCUACCUGUAUAGAGUCUCUCUAUGGUCAUAUUCUUAUAACUAAAAGUGAUAUUUUCUGUGAAGAAAACUGUAAAGAUGACUGCAUUUUUGUUCAGAAUAUCACAAUUUUGGUGCUUGUUUGUCCAGAAGAGUUUGCAGAAUUACAGAGUAUUGCUUCAUGGUCAUAGCUUGUCAAAGAAUACUGACAUUUAUAUGCUAGCUCAUAAAGCACAUGUACAGAUGGAUUCAUACAUCCAUUUGGACAGGAGCAUAAAUCAAUUUAUACCUCAGUCUUUAAUACAUUCCACUAUAAUAAAUGAUGUAUAUAAAUUUCAGUGGAAUGUAUGAAUAAGAUUUUCAUCAUGACCAGAAUCUGUUUAACUCAAGCUGCAAUUCUGCGGGUACUUUCUUAUGAGUAAUCCCUAUUGAAAAAUAUGUGGCUUGCUUCUGAAUUAACCUGUUUAAGAUUGCUCUUUAAGUAUGCUCCAAUUUAGUUUGUUGAGAGACUUUCCCCAAGAUAAAUUGCCUUUAUACAAGGUAUUUUGUAACAAUUGAGAACUACAUGUAAGUGAAUUUGUAAAAAUUUCUUCAGGGUACUAGUCCAAUUGUUUGUUUUUUUAAUUUUGAAACUCAGGCCCAGUUUUAAAAAUAAGUAUAAAUCCAUCUUUUGUACAACAUUGAAUAAUUCAAAAUUUUCUGCAAAUAAAGUUUCACUAUUUUGCUUAA